AUGAUGGCGAGCAAAAUGGCGGAUUUAUUUUGCGUUAAAAUGAGUUAAAAUGAUAUCGUAGUCCUGUUGCGUCUCAUUGUAUCCCACAUUGCUAUCAACGACGUAAAGCAUUUGUGAUAGCCUUAAGCAACAACACCGCUUUCUUCAAACGAGGAAGAACAUAGCGUCAAACAUGUUGACUACCGGGAUUCGCGCGGUUUUUCUGUCAACAAUAAAGAUCUCCGCCGGCAGAAAAAUGUUCUCAACAAGCCAAAGAUAUUCCAGCUCACUGCGUAUUGAUUCUUAUCAUAUUCCAAUCCUUGCCAAUGGGUUUGCAGUUGUCAACUCCCCGUAUACACUUAACAUCAAACCGCUGGAUCCAUCAGAAUACAUUGAAGAUGAAGAUUUUCUGAUGAUAGUGAAGGAAGGACAGGAGAUGCCGAGUAAAGCAAGCGCGCGCGUUUCUUUGGACCUAAACAUAAGGGACGAAAUGAGGAGAAUACAUAGGCAAGACUUUAAACAGGAAUUUAUGAAGAACAUUUCAUAUGAUCGUCGUGUUGUCACAAGAGAUCAAGUACAAUUUCUAGAGGUGAGCUGCCAACCUCAGGCCAAGUAUCCCUUCCCUGUUGUUGACAUAAGCUUGUGUCUUGAAAUCCCAGUCCAGUUCAACAUGAUGAUAAAAGCUUCACAGUAUGCUGAUGUUUAUGUAUCUAACCUAGAAGGUGGAUCCUUUCAUGAAAUAACAACCGAACUUGGAAACUGCUAUUUGUCAAGUCUCAAAGCCACUGAUGUCCAUGUUAAGACUAAAGGUGGAGACAUUAUUUGCCCAAGUUAUUUAUUAGCUGAGUUUGGGACCCUUGAAACAGAAGGUCAAGGAAAGAUUUCAGUUGAGAAAUUACAGGGACGUAAAUUUUGCAUGGACAGUGAAGCUGGUGGAGUACAUGCUGACUCUAUGUAUGUGUCACUGGGUGAGGUUAAGACGGAUGCGGGACCUAUCAAGCUUGGUAGUAUCCAUGGUAGGUUCAGGGUUUUUGUUUGUGGCUAUUCUUUUGACAAUAUUCCCACAAAAUAAAUGCUGCUCAUGUAAAGUCAAUUUAAUAAGACUUUGUUCAAAUAUGUUGUCAACUUGGAAACUGAACUGGUAUUACAGUAACUUUAAAUUAAUUCUAAAGCUUGGAAUUUGUUUGGCAAAUUAAAAAAAAAAAAAAACAAUUCAACGUCCUACACCUAGUUUUCAAGUUUCCAAAGAAUUCAACAUGUUUUAUUGCAGGGAACAAUGAUUUUGUUUUCAUUAAAUUUAACCUAAAGAGAUAUAGUAUAAGAAACAUUUUGGGAUACCUUUUGGCAACUGUAAUUUGUAAAUAUUUACCCAAUUCAUAGUUUCUGACCUAUCAAUCACCCAUGCACAGUAGCCAAUCAAAAUAGUGGCCACAAAGCAGCCAUAUACCGGAUGCUGGUUGAAUGAACAUGGGGAUGUUAUGUAUUCAGAUUAAUGCUGACAAAAUAUGGAUCUUAAAAAUCGUCCACUCUACAAUAGGAAAAAAAUGUUUUUCGAAACUGUUUGGCACGUAAACUAGCAGUGUUUUUAAUGCAGCAAAAAGAGAAACAUGAUUUGCUGUCCUGACUUCAAACUACAAAUCAAUUAGAUUUGCAGCAAAAAGUACAAAUAACAGUCCUUCUUUUCUGCAAUUAAAGGGAGUUAAAGUAAUAUCAAAUUCCAUGUAAACCGUGAUAAGGGGCAUUGAAAAACUGGGAAGGGGCACAAUGCAAAGGAUAUAGAGAAAUAUCUAGGGGGUAAUGCAAUGCCCAUACUGAUAAUUUCCUUAUAAUUAAAAAAAACUGCAUUUUCGCAAGUUUGCCUAUUGCCCUUUGAGGGGAAGGGAUUACAACAUUCUUCUCUUGUAAUCUCUUGUUUCUUUGGUUUCCAGGCAGUGCAGAUGUUAAGAGUAAAAGCAGUGAUAUAUCUGUUAAUUCUGUGUCUGGAAACUUGUCAGCAGCUACUGUGACUGGUGACAUCUUCCUUCACCUUUCUCAGUUUGAGGGCAUCAACCUGAAGUCUAGCAAAGGCAACAUAGCUGUAACGUUGGAAUCAGACGAGCCUUGUUAUGCAUCUACUAGUAUUGUUGCCAAGGAGAUAAGCUCUAGUAUUACAUUGUCUGAUGCAUCAGAGAUUGAAGAAGAUGGCUGUAAAAGACUACAAGGACACAUCCACAUAGGUAACAAAAGCCGGGAAAACACUAAAAAGCAAAUACUUGCCCAGGCAAAACAUGGGAGAUUUGACUUGGGAUUGAAAGACUGGUUUAGUUCAUUACAACUUGGUAAAAAAUAAAAACGGAAUAGCAGCCAGAAUUUUUACAGAUUUUAGAUUGUUCAAAUACAACUUAAUGUACCUAAUCAAUAGAUAUCAAAUUGUCAGGACCUUCAGUCUUUUACUUACAGUAGGAGGUGAUUACAAUAGGAAUAGCUGGUUCUGGCUAUUUUCGUGCGCUUAGUGGAAGUUGGUGCUAAAAUAAGCCAUUUAAGGCAUGUGUAGCACAAAGUCUAUAUUGCUUCUUUUCACCAUCUUUAUUUGUUUAUUGUUGCUCAAGUAAAGUGCACAGUACAUGGGA